AUGCCGCCGCUCAUCCACAUGCCUUCUCCCUCUCUCCCUCCCCCCUUCUUCCCUUAUCCGUCUUCUUUCCCCCUCUUCCUCGCCCAUGAGAAAGUGUUUGAGACGAACUACACUCACAAUCUCUCUGCCGCCGCCGCCCCACUGGUUUUCCCCAUCCUCUCCCCAUUCUGUCCCGUUUCCCCUCUCUCCUCCCCCGUUCUGUUCCGCCUUCUUUUCCCCCCUCGCCCAUCAGAUAAUAAAAUGUUUGAGGCCAACUACAGUCGCAAGCUCUCGUCGCUGAAGCACCGUCUGGUUACCAUCUCGCCAGACCUCGCCGCGUCCGCCGCCGCCGCCUCCGCGCUGCCGUCCCCGCCCGCGCUGCUGCAGGGCUUCCUGUACUGGCGCUGGGCGUUCGAGAGCCCGCACGAGGUGAAGGUGCUGGUGCGCAAGAUGCUGGGCGAGGAGAACACCCCCCAGGGCCACCUGCGCCUCAUUCUCGUGCCCAUCGUGUACAACGCUAUGGCGCUCAAGGAGAACCUCCGAAAGGUGAAUCUCACCACUCUCAACCUACUCGCAACCUCGUUCUGCCCCUCUCAACCUCGCUCUACCACUCGUAAUGCUAUUCUCGUGCCCAUCGUGUACAACGCCAUGGCGCUUAAAGAGAACCUCAGAAAGGUGAAUAUCGCCCAUUCUCGCCCACUCUCGCCCACUCUCGCCCGCUCUCACCCACUCUCACCCACUCUCACCCACUCUCACCCACUCUCGCCCACUCUCGCCCGCUCUCACCCGCUCUCACCCACUCUCACCCACUCUCACCCACUCUCACCCACUCUCACCCACUCUCGUCCACUCUCGCCCUCUCUCACCCACUCUCAUCCAAUAUCACGUGCAUCCGUGCCUUACUGCCACCCUCACCCCCACCUUCCUCUUCGCCUGCCCGCCCCCCUCGCCCCUCUCCUCUUGUCCCGCCCCUCACCCUCUCGCCAGACGCCUUUCUUUGCCAAGCUAGAGGCGGCUCUGCACGUCUCCUCUUACUGGCAGCUGCUCAAGCCGCAAGACCGAUCCUUCAAGCAACGAUCAACGAUGGGUAACAACUCUUUCGCCUCCUCCCCCUUCUUUCUCUCCAGCAGCAGCACCACCGCGCACGCCCUCCCCCUCCCCUCUCCCCUCUUUCCUUCCUCAGCAGGAGGAGCAAAAGAUGCUGCAGAGAUCAAGUCCCAUCCACCACCAUCAUCUCACUUCUACCCUCCAAGCAUUGAACCUGCUGCUGCUGCUGCUUCUGCUGCCGCUGCUGCUUCUGUGGUUGCUGCUGCUGCACCCGCUGCUCUGUUCGGUGUUAACCUGACUGCCUCCGCUCGUGCCUUUGCGGCUGCUGCCGGUGCUGCUGCUGAUGGCAGUGGCAGCAUCAACGACGCUGCUGCUUAUAAAGAUGCAGCUUCGAACGGGGUUGCUGCUGCUGCUGCUGCUGCUGCUGCUGGUGGUGCUUCUUAUGAUGUAGCUGCCUCUAACGCUUCAGCAGCAGCUGGCCUGAACUUCUCUGCGUUUCCUGCAUUUCCCCCAGACCCUGCUGUUCGUCCCACUCCUCUGAAGCUCUUGUGUGGCACUGACACGGCUAAAGCAACCACUACACCUGCUGCUGCUGCCACUGCCGCCAGUUCUGCUGCUGUUGGUGCACCUGCUGCAGCAAACCAUCUAAGCAUGGGUUACAUCGGAGAGAAUGGCACAGGGGUGCAACUCCAGGCGAGCGAUGCGAGGCAAGGCUUCAGAGGCAGUGAGAACUUCAAUGUGUUCCAUCAGCCAACCCGCAGUAAUAAUGAGUGUGCUACUAACGAGUAUGAGAGGGCCGCUGGCCUUCAGGCAUGCAGUGCAGGUGCAGCGGGCAGCAGAGGGGUGUUUGCUGGUGGGAUAAGCGGCCAGCAUUGGGAGUCGGGGGAUAGAGUAGCAAGCAGGGAUAUUGAUCUGGGGAAGAGUUUGGGGUCGCGUUAUGGAAGGCCUCAGAAUGAGGCUUCAAGGUGGAGUUAUGAGAAGGGGAGGGAGGAGAGAGAGGAAAAGGGGGAGGCGGAGAGAGGGCGAAGGGAGGAGGGGAGGACGGAUGGGGGAAGAGGGGGAGGUGUGAAUGGGCAGUUGGAGGGGCGGUUAUGGGGCAGGGACCAGCAUUUUGAAAGAGGGAAUGGGGGAGUAAGAGAUUGGUGUGGCGGGGGUGGGGGAGAGAAAGGAGGGCGACAAUACAUGGAUAUGAACGAGGGAGGUGAGGAGGGAUUGUGGAAGGAACCAGGAACGAAGCAUGAAAUAGUAAGGGGGGAAAGUUUGCACCAACAGGGUUUACGGGAGGGGGGUUUGCUGCGACAGGAUUUGCCGAAAGAGAAAGGGCAGCAAGGGCACAGAAAGGAGUCGUCUGAACAGCAGGGUGAGGAUGUUUCCUGGAAGAAGCAGGUGGAGGUGCUACAACAGCAGCUGAUGGCUUAUGAGCAACGGCACCAGAUGAUGAUGCAACAGCAACAGCAGCAACAGCAGGAGCAACAGCAACAGCAACAACAGCAACAGCAGCAACAGCAGCAACAGCAGCAACAGCAGCAGCGACAGCAGCAGCAGCAGCAGCAGCAGCAGCAGCAGCAGCAGCAGCAGCAGCAGCAGCAGCAGCAGCAGCAGCAGCAGCAGCAGCAACGAGAGGAACAGCACCGGCAGCGGCAGCAGCAGCACGAGCAGCAACAGCUCCAGCAGGACCAGCAGCAACAUCAGCACGAACAGAUGAGUCAAAACGGUUUGGAAUACGACAGGGCAGAGGGAGGCAAAGUGAUGCAAGGCAGACCACCCUCCCCUUGCUGCUUUCUGACAUUAUGA